UUGGCACUACUUAUCUCCGAACGUGUAGGGCUGAUACAUCAACUAAGUGCAGCUGAGAGUCGGGCCUCCAGUGCAAACGAACUAAGUAUCAAGCUAGACUCUGUUCAGGCGGACUUGGCGAGUGAAAUGGAAAAAGCUAGACACCGGCAAAAAAUUCUAAAAGAGGAGCUGAAUUCAAGUUCAGAUCAGAUCACAGAAUUAAAAAGCGCGAAGGCAAGGCAACAAGAUGAGAUUUUCCGGUUGGAAGGCCUACUUGCUCAGGCCAAGGAGCAGUUGGUGGCAAAAGACCAAGAAUUCACGAGGACUCAAGAGGAAUGUGACAAAAAGACUAAGGUGGAGUUUGAAAAUUCUUCUGGAAGAUGGACAGACGAAAACUAUCCUUCCCUUCUUAAAAUCGGUGACAAAAUUUUGAAUAUUUAG